AUUUAGUGAGAAUUUCAUAGUUAAGAAAGAGGAGGGUUUAAAUCUAAAAAAUUAGAAGAACAAUACAUGAGAUGGGAGAAUACGAGGAGAGAAGGGACAAGAAGGCUAGGGUACAGUCAAUGCUAAAAGCAUUGCUAGAUGAUCCAAUACUCUCUGAUGUUCCCAAAAACCCAACAUUGUACGAUGUUGACACUCUCAUCGGUCUUGAAUUGGGCAGUGCCAUGCGCAUUUCUAUCAUCAAAUUGGAUGCAACUUCUUUCGAUGUUACAGUGAUGAAUUCGGCCACAGUCAAGGAUUUGAAGCUUGCCAUCAAGAAAAAGGUGAAUGACAUGGAACAAUCCAACAUGGGUCAUCGUCAGAUUUCUUGGAGGGGAGUGUGGGCAAAAUGUUGCUUGUCAUACAAUAAUCACAAGCUUCUAAAUGAUGAUGAUGCACUGCAGAAUUUUGGUGUAAGGAACAACUCUCAGGUGCACUUUGUUCCAUAUGUCAUGACAAAAGAAUCUCGGAGCCACUCAACAAGGAGAAAGCACCGCUUUUUCCAUGGCCUUAAUAAGCUUUCCUGAUCAAACAAGCUUUCCAUGACAAAUGUGCAAUGGUUGAUCCCAUGGUGUAUGGCAUGCUCUGAAAAUCUUUGAUGUUUGAGUUUUCAAUCUCAUUACAUGUACUAAAAGGGUAACUGGCAAACGGAGCUUCGACAAUCACUCUUGUUUCAACUUGUUUGGGAUCUUAGACGUUGGUCAUUCCAAGUGUAUAACUGAAUAAGCAACUUUCACCUUAAUUUAUUUUUUGAAGCUAUACUGAAUGGAACCUUUAGGCUUAUAA